GACAAACGGGAAGAAACAAAAGUUGAGAAGUCAACAUUGUCUUUUGACUUGGACAGAAAGCUGGAAGUGUUAAAGAAACAUGGGCAGCUAGAAGAGAGAACCAAUGUCAUUAGAAUCCUCCCAAGUUGUCAUUAUUCUUGUAAAAUUUGGGAGCAAGAACGAACCGGACACGUGCUCGAGUUGGAGUUAUUCGCGAAAGGUCAUCUAAUUUGGCAACCCUAUCGAUGGGGAUUGAUUCGUGAUGUAAGUCGUCCUUUGUGUCGUCUCGAGUGAAAAAAGCCAAAGUCGCAUUAUUGUGAUAUAUUGCCUCCUCCAAAAGGUGAGAUGGAGAGGACGGUCCCGUUUAAUGCGUUUCCCACAAGCAAUCGCGGAGGAGGAAGCGGCGAGGAAUCGGCCGGAGGAGGAGCUAUGAAGAGGCGUUCGAUCGACGGAUCUGAUGGCGGCGGGGAUCCCCGGGUUGCCGCUGAGGAGGAGAAGAACAAGAAACCGAGAUCCGACGGAGGAAAGGCGGAAGUGACUGCUGAGGAGGAGGAGGAGGAGGAGGUGAACGUGGCGGAGCUCGGAGAGGACCUGGUUCUCGAGGUGCUGAAGCGGGCGGACGCCCGGACGCUGGGGCGUGCGGCGUGCGUGAGCCGGCGGUGGCGAAGGCUGGCGGAGGACGAGCGACUCUGGGAGGCGGUGUGCACCCGGGACUGGGUCAGAGUGCCCUACGGCGAGCGGCAGCUUAGGUCGGUGGUGCUCGCCCUCGGGGGAUUCCGUCGCCUCCACUCCCUCUACAUCCUCCCAUUCCUCGGCACCUCCGGCCCCCGCACCGCGGCCUCUUCCCCGGCUCUCGCCCUUCCUUCGGCCGCCGCCACGUCGCCGUCUCCGAUGACGAGGCGGGCUCACCUCCAGCCCCGAUGGGGCAAGGACGAGGUCCAACUCUCGCUCGCUCUCCUCUCCAUCGGCUUCUUCGAGAAAAUGAAUCCUAACAACAACCACCGUGGCGGCGGCGGCGGCGGCGGCGGUUGUGGAUAAGACCACCAGGUCCGAUCUCCACCUCCUCUAUCUCCUUCAAAAAUCUAAUUUUUAUAUGGUGCCUCUAUAAAUUUCUUCCGUGAGAAGUCCAGUUCUCGCUCACUCCUCUCCUCUCCAUCGAGAAGAUGAAUCCUAACAACAGCCGCCGCAGCGGUGGCUAUGAAUGAGACCAGCAGAUCUGGUCGCCGCCUUCUAUUAUCCCAUAAAAGUCCAAUUUUUAUCCUUAUUAGCUGUUGUUUGUGGCUUUAUAUAUUUCAUGUGUGUACAUUUAUGAACCAAUGAGUCUCUCUUCUUCCCA